UUCGCUCACCUACCUAGGUCGAUCAGGUGUAUUUUCCCUCUUAUUUCAUCCUAAGUUUAACUAAAUCCAAACAUCAUUCCUAACGUGGCCUCGGGAGAAAGCGAGAUAACUGUGCGUGUCCGGAUUUACGCGAUACACAACGCACUGCUAGCAUCCGACUGUUCUUGAGCCUGGAGACUGUGACGAACUAGAUUAAGUGGCUGGAUUGGCUACCAGUAUUGUACCACGCUCAUCAUUGCCUCAUACAAGAGCUACGUCUUAGCUAAGCCUGUUGCAAAUAUCCUCGCUCCGACUCGUUCCAACCAGGCUGAAUAAUGGAGCGCCGAGUUUCUAUAUACAAUGGAGUAUCAAAUAGACCACGUGGUUGGAAGACAUGGAAGCCCCAGAGAGCGUCGCAAUCCGAGUCGCCUCAUCCAACUGUGAUGAAAUGGGAUGGUGCCUCAAGGACUAGUGAGGUAUGGGAUAAUCUAAGAAGAGACCCAGAGUUGUGGUUUCGAGAAGGCGACUGUAACGUAUACCUUCACACAGAAGGGCAAAGUCGCCGAGGAGCUGCAUUCAAGGUUCCAUACUCCAUGCUACUCGAAUCACAAUUUCAACCGCUGAUUAAAACGUUUAAACCCCGAGCCCGUAACGACAUUUCCAUACAUCCCGAGGACGCCGUGUUGGGUCCAAUCGAGCUUUUCAUUCCUGCGCCACUCCGGUCAGACAAACGUCAGUCUUAUAGCUACCAUAUCGCGACCCGAAACCUCUUCGCCUUUAUCUUCCAAAAACCCAUAGUCGGAGAAUGCCUCGGAGCUGCGCUCAUUACCCUCAUGGAAGGCCUAAAUCAGCUUCGCGCCCCAGAUGCUGACAAUGUUCAAGACAUAAUAAAUUACAUGGACAAAGUAGGCUAUUUGGACUUUAAUAGUCAACCAACAUAUGCUUUGGCAAUACUGCGACUGGCGGAUGUCUUCGAGCUACGAGAAUUAUAUAUCAAUGCAUUUGCGCAUUGCUGCGGCAUAGGCGGUCAAAUAUUUCUCCAUCCUGGCUACCAACUUCUAUCUCCCAUGACCCGAGCACUGAUUCGGCGUGUACGGCGCGAGAUGAAUUUCCGACUAGGAGAAGCUAGUAUUAAGAUGAAGACGUUUCUUGAUGAUCAACUGAAGGAACUCGACAAUGACUUAUAUCCAAGGGCUGGGGAACAUCUACAACUAUUUCGAACUUUUUUAGAAAACUUUUAUACGGGGUAUUUUGGUCAAUAUCCUCCCCCAUCAAUAGACGCACAAGCCAUGAUCUUUGGAGUCGAUACUUUUCGUACCUUCCGAAACGACUUCGAAGCCCUCUAUGAGUUGUUAGCAGAUAGAAGCUUCAAGGCUUAUCAGAGUAGCGACUAUUUGAGCGAAAGUCGUAUGUGCAUUUUGCGGAGUAUUAGAUCAUUGGACUCAAGAUGCAACUAUGAGAAUCUCUUGCACCCUCUUCCACUACUGCCAGAUAUCACACGAAAGAAACCAGCUUUGUGGAGAAUGUCAUGGCCGACCAGAACAAAUUAUGGACGGCUAACUACUGUUUUAGAGGAUAUGUCCAAGGCGACCAAUUCGGUUUGUUCGGAUGAGUCAGAGAACCAUCUUGUUGUGGCGUAUUUACGAUUUGAAGAAGAGCAGAUCGCCUUCCCCAGCAACGAAAACUUGGAAAACCAGGACCGUGUUGAGGGUCGCAAAGUUCGAUGGAUUCUGAUUUAUGCGAUCUACCAGACGUUACUUCGAGCUACGAAAGUGCCGUUGGAAGUCAGAGAUACUAUUGGGGUCCCAUAUCAUGUGUGCAUCUCAACAGCUGAUUUACCUCCCUGGAAAGACAAUGGGACUAGGCAUACCCAGUCAGAUCGUGCCACUCCAUCUCCUCUUCCUCCGUCACAUAUGCUAGAGACUAUGUCGGACAAUGGCAACUUUAUACCUACAAACCAUACGGCAAGCGAUACAACUAAACGACCUAAAACUACCAUGCUCGAUGAAUUCAUUUUGAAAGACGACCUUGAAACCCUCACGUCUAGAGGUAUUCAGGGUGUAGAACCCUCUCUAUCUUGUCUUAACAGGCGGUCACGGUCUGUGAACCAGGAAAACAUGUGUCGAGAAGAUGUCGUUGAUGAACACAGUAACAGAUCGAGUCUCGCAGCCAAAUAUAGGAACGAAACAAGGGGGCAAGCAGCGGAGACAUCGCGGAUCAGCCCAGAUACUCAGCCAAGCGAAAUGCUUAGCAACUCGUCUACAUCCAUAGGUUCCGGCUCGUCAUUGCGCUACAGCACUUCCGAAGCCAAAACAUCAUACACCUCCGACACAUACGUGGCCAGCACCCAGACCCCAUCGCCGCGCGAAAGCAAGCCCGGCGGCGCCAUCUGUGGGCUUCGCGGCGCCAAGCCCGAGACAAUUCCCAGCACGUCGAGAUGGCCCAGGCCCCUGCGCGUCGAGGCCCUGAGAGAAUACAUGAAGAAGCAAACCGUCAGACACAGCGGUCGAUUCUCGCCUACGCUUGCGAUAAGAAGGCCGCUGAGUGCCCAGGAGCGUAGCCAUCCCGCGGACGAACAUCUAAAUAGACCUACGGUGAAGGGGAAGUCAACUUCGGACCUGGUGACUAGUAGUCGGGUGUCCUGGCCCCUGGGCCGGCCAGCUUAGGAGUAUAAACCGUACAUGCAAUGCAGCCUUGUUUCCAGAUCGACACUCAAGUCAAGUCCAAGUCACUUACGUCUCACAGGAGGCGCGUGUUGGUAAUCG